AUGCUCCUCAUCGCUUCGCUCCCGCGGACGCUCGUCCCCGCGCUCCUUCCCUUUUCCCUGCGCCCUCGCAGCCGGGCCUCGGGCAGCGCGGGGCGGCGGUGGGCAACCGCUGUGUCUGAGCCGCGGCGCGGGGUCUGGGCGGGCCUGGAGGAGGCCCGGGGCGAGGGGCGCGGACUCGCGUGGCGCCGCCGCGACAGCCCGCGGAGCUUGGGCACUCUCGCCGUCUGGCUCCGCACCCGGCCGCUCCGACUUCCGCAAGGGCGCGAGGCCGAGAGCCCGCCCUUGGCGCCAGGGGAGGGGGAGGGGGAGCCGCCGCCGGCGGGAAGGGAGGCGCGCGGAGCCGGAGUGGCUCAGGCCUGGGCCUGCUCUGCUGCGUCGGGGCGGGGACUGGGGCAGCCGGAGGUGGACGCAGGGCAGCCCCGCGUGGGACGAGACGGAAGCCAGGGCUCUGGAGCUACCCGGGCGACCCCGGCCUGGCUGUGUCGCCAGCUGGGCCUGGGGCCUCCCCGUCUGGGCUUCCUGAGAUCCCGCCCAGGCCCCGGUGGCUCCCCUGGCUGCUCCCUGGGGUUGCCACGAGGGGCGGGCGGCGCACUGACCUGCCUGUGA